ACUCUGACUCACCAUUCACUACUCCAAACAACACCAAUAUAAUCCAUACCUUGGACAAAGAAACAAACUGUUCAAUAAAACACGGAAUUUGGUAAUUAACUCAGAAUUAAAAGAUAUGGCUGAUCCUCGUCUCAGACAGUUAACUAUUAAAACGGGUGUUGUCAAACGAUUAACCAAGGAAAGGACUGUGUAUGAGAGAGAAGUCACCACAGAGCGCAAUCGUUUGGAAAAGUUUAAAACUGAAGGAGGCGAUGACCAUGUAUUGAAAAAGCAAGAGGAAGUUAUACAGGAGUGCUUGAUGAUGAUACCUGACGCGGCGAGAAGAUUAACAAAAGAAGUUGAGGCUUUGGAAAAAUUCUUGGAGGACGAAAAGGAAUUGGAAGAAUCCAAAGAAUAUCAAGCGGCUUCACAAGUUCUAACUGAAGCUAUAGAAGUACUGAGGAAAUCAUAACUAUUAUAAGAACUUCAAAGUGCACACUUACAUUUCCUCGUUUUUUUUAAAGACAUUUAAGAAUCGACUUUUGCUUAUUUAAUAAACACUAUUUAUACUUUUUUACAAA